AUGCCGUCCUCACCAGAUGAACCCGAGCUGGACGAUACCAUACAUCCCCUUCGCAUUGGGUUGGAUUCGAAUGCUUUUGAUCCUGUUUAUCCCCAACCAGGAAAUUCUCUCCUACCUCUCACUGUUGCAGAGACACACAUGCCUCCUGCAGAUCAACUUGGAUACAAUCGGUACAGGGAACCAUUGGAGCUGGUUGGUGAACAAUUCAGGCCAGCAUCUCCGUCGAGACAUAACUGGACGAAUCAAAACGUCACACAGUAUGUUCUUGUCGACAAUGGCCAUCGGGCCAUAGCUAUACCCUUUGGUGACCCUGCACAUUAUCUCACUCAUGCCGCUCCUCCUAUGCCUUUUCCGCUGAUGCAUGAUCAGCUGGAUCCGAACAUCACACAGUAUUAUGCUGAGAUCAACCACAAUCACUGCCCGCCCCUACCUACACGCUUUGGUGGCCCUACGAGCCAUCUCAGCCAUACCAUCCCUCUGAUUGCUCUCCCACCAACCAACCACCAGCCAAAUCAGGGCACCACACAGAAUUUUGCUGUCAACUACCAUACCCCUCGGGUAGUAGCUGGAGCUCUCCAGAGCUCUGGGGAGUAUAUGAGCCGCACCCCCUCCCUCCUAGCUUCUCCGCAUGGACAGGCGUCGCCUUGGGCGGGGCCUCCCAGCCCGGCUUUCAUCAACCCUACCCCUCGGGUAGUAGCUGGAGCUCUCCAGAGCUCCGGGGAGUACAUGAGCCGCACCCCCUCCCUCCUAGCUUCUCCACAUGGACAUGCGUCGCCUUGGGCGGGGCCUUCCACCCCGAGUUUGAACAACCAUGGCUCCCGGGCGGUAGCUGGAGGGCUCCAGGGCUCUGGGGAGUACAUGAGCCGCACCCCCUCCCUCCUAGCUUCUCCGCAUGGAAAGGCGUCGCCUUGGGCGGGACCUUCCACCCCGAGUUUGAACAAUCAUGGCUCUCGGGCGUUAGCUGGAGCUCUUCAGAGCCCUGGGGAGCCCAUGAGCCGCACCCCCUCCCUCCUGGCCUCUUCGCAUGGAGAUACAUCGCCUUGGCAGGGGCCUUCCACUCCAGCUGUCAACAACCAUGGCUCUCGGGCGGUAGCUGGAGCCCUCCAGGUCUCUGGGGAGUACAUGAGCCGCACCUCCUCCCUCCUAGGUCCUUCCCGUGGGCAGGCAUUAGCUUGCCAGCAGCCUAUCCCUAUAGGCGCCGCAAGCAAUGGCUUCACCGACCACCAGCCAAAUCAAAGCACCACACGGAAUGUCGCUAUGAACAACCAUGACUAUUGGUCCCUAGCUACAGCCUUGCAGCGCUCAUCGCGUGGGCAGGCAUCAGCUGGGCAGGAUCCUCCCCGCAUCAUAAGCAAUGACAUCACCGGCCAUGGACGGUCCCAGCCUACCGGCAGCAGCCAUAAAGAAAGGUGA